UAAACAAAAAUGUUUUUCUUUAUUUUUAAAUUGUGCUGUCUACUAAUUUAAAGCAAUAACAGUGAACAACCCUCUUAUGAAUAAAAUUAAAUUUAUAAUUUACAAACAAAUCUCAUUGAAAUAAUGAAAUAUAAGUGCAGAUUUUAUACUUCUAAAUUAUGUUCUUAUAUUAUUGUCAGAACUUUUAAUUUUUCAUUAUGCAAUUACAUUCAUGGGCUCGUUCCAGAUUAACAAGAAUAUUCAUGAUAAUUUUAGUUUUCGUUCUAUUAAGUGCAUUUCUUCUAGUUAAUGAUUCUUUUGUUAAGAAAAUUAAAUCUCAUAAAUUACCGGGUUCUUGCAUUUUAUGUCCUUUGAAAAGAAAUACAACGUAUCAAACCAAAGCAGAGAUAUUGCAUUUUAGCAUUUUUUUAUCAAGAAAUGUUCAUCAUCAUCCUGUUGAUGUUCUUUUCUUUUUUGUGCAUGCCAACAACAACCCGAGACUGAAAAGGAAAUUCAAUCAUUGUCUGUCAUCCCUUUUAAAACAUGCAACACCUGCAUUGCAUUUACACAUACUUACAGAUCAUGCUAGUUUAAACUCUGCUGUUGAAAUAUUAAAAGAUAGUGCACGAUUGGCUACAACAGCUAUUCAGGUCAGCUUAUAUGAUGUUAAUAUUUUUAUGACACCUCUAGAAGAACUCAUCAAUACUUUAGUGCCACAUUUUAGUUUUAAACCAGGUGCAUAUUAUAGUGAUGGAUUAUUUUAUAUUUCAGUUGGAUUAUUCAAAGUUAUGAAUCUAAAAAAAGUUAUAGUGAUAGAUGCUGAUGUAAAAUUUUUAAGUGAUAUAAAAUUGUUAUAUGAAUAUUUUGAUAAAUUUCCUUCUGAAGCAAUAAUAGGUAUUGCAAGAGAGCAACAACCUGUUUAUCGCCAUAUACUGCACGAGUAUCGUCGACUUCAUAAUGGCACAAGAUUAGGAGAUCCACCCCCAGAUGGGAUCACAGGAUUCAACAGUGGGGUUUUAUUGCUUGAUUUAGAUAAGAUGAGAAAUUCUUCAUCAUAUUUGGACAUCAUUAACAACUCAUCAAUUGUUUUAGAACUUAUUAAGCAAUAUAAAUUUCGAGGGCAUCUUGGUGAUCAAGACUUUUACACCUUAGUUAGUUUUGAAUAUCCAGAUCUUUUUUACAUUUUACCUUGCACUUGGAAUAGACAACUUUGCAAGUGGUGGAAAUAUCAUGGGUAUCAAAAUAUAUUUGAUUUAUAUUAUUCUUGUCCUGAGAAGGCAAAUAUUUUACAUGGAAAUUGUAAUUCCAUUAUUCCAGAUUCUUGAUAUGCAUCACUUUUUAUUCAUUUCAGAUAUUUUCCUAUUAAAAACAGCUCUAGUUCUUUCA